AUACAAAUAUAUAAUAAUAAUUAAAGACGAGGAUACAAUUAGUUAAUAUUACUUAAUUUAUUACAAAUAGUUACGUAAAUGUAACCGUGCAGUUUCCUCAAUGUUCUAUGAAAAAGAUGAUAAAUAUAUUUUUCAGCAUGGGGGUUUUCGGAAGUUUAGCAAAAAAAAUAAAGUGUAGUACUGAGGAGAGGAGGAGCAGGAGAUAAAUAGUAUCUUAAUUCUCGGUGAUUGUAGCAUGAGUGUAGCAACGUGCGCAGUGCAAAGCGCAAGCCACGACCUUGGAUUGGAGUUCGGAGUUCGAAUUCGCUUGGUUCUUAUUGCACAUUGCACACGUGUCGUGACUUCGUGACCGGUGUUCACUGUUCAGAGGUGUUGUCUCUUUUUGUGCGUUAAAUUGCUUACUAAUCACAGUAAUUUCUAAUCAUGUCGGCUACCGCUGGGAAGGUAAUCAAAUGCAAAGCUGCUGUUGCAUGGGAGGAGAAGAAACCUUUAUCGUUGGAAGAGAUCGAAGUGGCACCUCCGAAAGCUCAUGAAGUGAGGAUUAAAAUCACGAACGUGGCCUUGUGCCACACCGAUGCCUAUACUCUGAGUGGGUUAGAUCCAGAGGGAAUUUUCCCAUGCGUACUUGGACACGAAGGCAGUGGCAUAGUUGAAAGCGUUGGGGAAGGAGUUACAGAAUUUCAACCAGGUGAUCAUGUGAUUCCCUUGUAUAUUCCCCAAUGCGGAGACUGCAAAUUCUGUAAAUCUCCCAAAACAAAUCUAUGCAGCAAGAUCCGUGGUACACAAGGUAAAGGUCAAAUGCCGGACGGAACCUCUAGAUUCACUUGUAAAGGCAAGACCCUUGCCCAUUUCAUGGGUUGCUCCACCUUCUCCGAAUACACUGUAGUAGCAGACAUUUCUCUUGCCAAGAUCGAUCCCGCAGCACCACUUGACAAAGUAUGCUUGUUGGGAUGCGGAAUACCGACUGGAUAUGGAGCAGCCUUGAACACUGCCAAGGUAGAACCUGGGAGUACUUGCGCAAUUUGGGGAUUGGGUGCAGUAGGACUAGCAGUUGCAUUUGGUUGCAAAAAGAGCGGUGCCAAACGGAUCAUCGGCGUGGAUCUGAAUCCAAGCAAAUUUGAAAUUGCGAAAAAGUUCGGAUGUACCGAGUUUGUUAAUCCCAGCGAUUGCAAGAAACCGAUUCAGGAAGUCUUAGUAGAAUUAACUGACGGUGGUUUGGAUUAUACAUUCGAAUGCGUUGGUAACGUGAACGCUAUGAGAGCCGCUUUGGAAUCUUGUCAUAAAGGAUGGGGCACGUCCGUGAUAGUGGGCGUAGCUCCGUCGGGACACGAGAUCAGCACUCGCCCGUUCCAACUAGUAACUGGACGCGUGUGGAAGGGAACUGCGUUUGGCGGAUGGAAAUCGAAGGAGAGCGUUCCCAAACUGGUAGACGAGUACAUGUCAAAGAGCUUGAUUCUCGACGAAUUUAUUACGCACAAUCUCCCGUUUGAUAAGAUCAACGAAGGAUUCGAUUUGUUACACUCGGGCAAAUGCUUGAGAGUAGUACUUCAAUACUGAGGGAACAAUCCUAUCCUACUGUCCUUACCGGUUACAUUUUGUUUAGUCUACCGUUUAAAGAUAUUGGUACACGUAUUUUGUAAUACUCAUUUCCAAAUAAAGGUAAUAUAUAUAUAUCUCUA